AUGCGCUAUAUUGCCAGGUGUGACAGCGACAGUGAUCAAGAAGAAAAGGCAUCUGAUGCCAGUUCUGAAAAACUGUUCAACGCUGUUACAAAGAAAGAUAAAGAGUUAGGAGUCAGUGCGCUAACUGAAAAUGACGACCCUGGUGCUAGGGCCCCAGCUGUCCCGAAAAUAUCAGGAUUAGAAAGGAGCCAAGAGAAGAGCCAGGACAGCAGCAAAGACCCAAUACUUGAGCCUGUGGUGCCUAAAGACCCUUGUCCUCAGGUGAGCCAGCCUCUGGCCCAGCCACAGUUGGAGCCGCAGCCCGAGGCACCGUGCCCCAGCCCCGCGCUGGCCCCGCGGCCAGAGGCUCCUGCCCCGCCAGUGCCGGUGCCGCAGCCGCCAGUGCCGGAGGAAGCCACGCGCCCGCCAGUGCCGCAGCCGCCAGCACAGCACCCACCACGGCCACAGUCACCGGUGCAGCCAGCGCACCCCAACCUGCCCCCGGUGCAGCCACAUCCGGCCUCGCAGAGCCUCUCACAGCCACUCUCUGCCUAUAACAGCAGCAGUUUAAGCCUCAACAGCUUAAGCAGCAGCAGAAGCAGCACUCCUGCCAAGACUCAGGCCCCUCCUCCUCACAUCUCCCACCACCCCUCAGCAUCACCGUUCCCCCUGUCUCUGCCCAGCCACAGCCCCCUGCACACCUUCACACCCACCCUGCAGCCCCCCGCGCACCCUCAUCACCCCAAUAUGUUUGCCCCUCCUACGGCCCUGCCUCCUCCACCACCACUGACAUCGGGGACGCUGCAGGUUCCAGGACACCCUGCUGGGAGCACUUACUCAGAACAAGACCUCCUCCGUCAGGAACUAAACACGCGCUUUCUGGCCUCGCAGAGCGCAGACCGCGGGGCCUCACUGGGCCCACCACCGUACCUGAGGACCGAGUUCCACCAACACCAGCACCAGCACCAGCACACACACCAACACACACACCAGCACACCUUCACGCCUUUCCCGCACGCCAUCCCACCCACUGCCAUCAUGCCGACGCCAGCACCACCCAUGUUUGACAAAUACCCUACAAAAGUUGACCCCUUCUACCGUCACAGUCUGUUUCACUCCUAUCCUCCAGCUGUAUCAGGUAUUCCUCCCAUGAUUCCUCCAACUGGCCCCUUUGGCUCGCUACAGGGAGCAUUUCAACCCAAGACUUCCAAUCCUAUUGAUGUUGCAGCCAGACCUGGAACUGUCCCACAUACCCUUCUACAGAAAGAUCCACGGGUCUGUAUAAAAUGUUAUGUUUUUCUCAAGUAAAGCUCUUUCUCCUGAAAGCCUUUAAUGCUGGAGCUGCCAUCCUCAAUAUGUCCAAACUAAUAUCUUAAAACUAAAGCUUAGCCUGAACUGUUUAAGUCAGUGAGAAAUAGAAAAGUUGUAUGUGAGCAAUUUAGGUUCUUCUGUUCGUCAUUAGCAACAGCCAGUUGAUGCUGUGCAGUGGAAGAGCUCUUCCCUUGCUGUCAGGAGGCACUCCCCAAGCCCAGGGGUAAAGGCAUGAAAGUCCAAUGUAGGAAUGUAUAAAUUCUCUUCAGGAUUUAUGUUUGUACUCUCUAAUUGUUUUGAACGUGGGUAACGACAGUUAUUCUCUUGGUUACUGUAUCAUUGAUUGCACCAGUGAAAUGUGGAUGCACUUUAUUGAUCACUUGGUGCCUCUGGAUUUUCAAGUUCCAGCCUGUGUGAACAGCAUUUAUUGUCUCAGCACUAGGCCUCAGCUUUUUUCUGCUCUUCGUGAAUGCCCGUGGGUUGUUUGUGUGUUUGAGUGAAUGUACAUUGUUUGUGAUGAGGAACAUCAGGCAGUUGUAUUUUUAGCAGAAGUCUGACAAAAGCAAUAGGAAGCUUUCCCUAAAAAUCCCUGUUGUGGGUAUGGCUGAACUUUGAAGCACAGCAGAGCAGUUUUCUUUGGGUGAUGCCAAGUGUCAGUACUUUGGUUUGCUCAUACUAAAAAACCCCAAUUUUUGUUUGUUUUUUCUGUCUAAUUGAAAAGAUAAUUGAUUCAUUGAGGUUUAUGCUCCCUUGCAACUGGUAGUAUAGUUUUGAUUAUUUCAAGCUGAUGUAUUGAGCCAUUGCUGCAUCUGCAAAGUACUUCUUACACCUAUAAAUCUCCUUUAGUAUUGCAUUUCAAU